CAGCGAAGAACCAGUCAAGAAACGAACUUCACCACAGUGUGAAGCAAAAUAGUUUGGUAGUUGAGAAGGUGAAAGCAAGGGAGCGGAAUUCGCCACUAGCUAACCGGCUUACAAAUCUACAAAAUAAAUCAACCACACGCUUCGACGAAACACCAAUAACAAAAGCGAAGAAGAAAGAUAAGAUCGAAAAAUGGUGUACUCCAUACAGAACUCCGAAACCGGUGAAACGGACCACAUAUAUCAACACCGCUGCUCAAUAAAACGUCAAGUUUUUGACAGAGAAACCGGUGAGCCUCUAAACGGCACAAAAGUAAAGAUUCGUUACGUCAAACAUGACAAUUUUCAAAUUCCCAAACAAUACCUACGAGGCACCAACACCGAGGAAAUCGACAAAACAAUGACCAGUCUCUACGAUGGCGAGUAUCCUCAAAUGGAUAUUCAUGUAAAGCAGAUUCCAACUGAAAACAAACCUGCAGCGAAGUGUAACAAACAAUAUAAAAAGGAAGAUUUCAUAAAUAUGGAUGGCGUGAAAAAUGAUAUUCUCUUGGGCUAUAGCAAGGAGACGUAUCUAUUGUUUCUCAUACCAACAAUAAUUUGCUUCAAAUUCACUUUCUGGUUACUUGCGAUUGAGGGAUUUUUACACUACUGGGCACACAAGAAGAACUCAUUGAACCCGAGCAAAUUAUUCUACUUCCGGAGUCCGUUGCAUUUGUUGACAUCUCAAUUUUGCGCACUUUGUCGUUGUGAGAGUGAAAUGAACAUCGAAAUAUUUCAAACGCUAAAUAAGCAAAUGCGCGAAGCCAGCCAAUCGAAGACCCUCAAAGAUGUGAGCAAGGUUAUAAGCUAAGUUUUCUGGAUUUGUCUUGUCUUUUAAAGCUCAAUUCUUAAUAAAGUA